CAGAGCUUCGCACCGGGCACCGGGCUGCGGGCGCGCUCGGCUAAGCCAUGGCGGUCUCCGCGCUGCAGCAGGGCAUGGUCUCGGUCGUGCUGCUGCUCUGCCUCUUCGUGGCGGUGCCCAGGCUGUUCGGGGGCGGAGGAGGAGCAGGGAGGGCCUUGCGGGGGGGCAAGGCUGGCCCCGGUCGCUACGAUCCCUAUCCGCCCCCCACAGGUGCCUCUGAGAGAGUUCAUCAGUCUCAUCUGAAUUCAGGAAGUUCUCAAAGUAAAACAUACCAAAGCUUUCAGCAGAUGAGGAAUGUAAUGGAAAAGGACAGGAAGAGUGAGAGAACUAGAGGCAGUGGCAAAGACUUAGCGUUUACCCUCAUGCCCUUGUAUGCUAUUGGUGUGGGGGUGUUUGCAGCAUACAAAUUCCUAAAGAUGAAAUCUCAAGAAGGAAGCUCUUCCAAGAAAGAGAAAAAUACAGAAGAAGAUAAGGCAAAAGAAACAGAACAUCAGCUUUUGGAACUGGAGCAGCAUCUAGCACAGACGGAGAAAAUUUUAAAUUCUUUAUUGACUCAGUUAGACCCACUGUCAAACUGUGUUAAUGCUUUGGCUUGUGAACAGAAAGAUGAAAUAAUGACACAGCUCCAGUCCAUUAGACAGCUGAUGAAGGAAAGUGGAUUGGAUAAAUCAGAAAUGAAACCAAAAGAUGUUAAUCACACAUGUAAUGAGAAACUUGAAGAUCUCAUUCAGUCAUUUGGCAAACACACUCAGGAAGAAGCAGAUGACAAUGAAGAUCAUAGUAUUGAAGAUCUGCUUGAAGAUACUGAUGGUGGUUCCAGAAAGGAAGAGCAUGAACUGUGUGACUGUGAAUUCACACUUAGUCAGCUGAUUGAGCCAAAGGUGAUAGAAGUUCAAGAAAUAAUAAAUAGAGAGAUACUGGAACCAGAAGAGACUGAAUUAAGGAGGCGUAAUAGAUAUGAAUUAAAUAUGCAUAUAUAAAAUGUUCAAAAUUAAAGAAUUAUUGCACAUAA